UUGCUGUGUAGUUGAGGAUCUUAAAAUCGUGAUCUACCUGCUUUCAUCUCCUGAGUGCUGGGUGGGAUUGCAGGUGUAAAUUACAUCACGUGUGCCUGGCUUAUGCUGUGCUGGGGAUUGAACCUAGGGGCUUUGUGCAUGCUAAGCAAACACUGUGUGAACUGAGCCGUGUCCCCGGAUUCCAUCACACAUGUUCUAAUGGCACGUAUUACUCAGCCAGUGCUGACAGUACUGUUGCAAAUAGAAACACUUGAACUCUUGCCACCUCUCAUGAGGCAGCUCCAGGGACAUCCUUUUCUACAGAAACAGAAGUACACAGAGAAGGGGUAGCUUUUCUAGAGUUACAGAGCCUCAUUCCCCACUGGGUAGUUCUUCUCCAGAGUGCUGUGUGUGGGAACACUUUGUUAUACCCUGAACACAUGAACUCAGGUAACCCCACAGCCAGUACUGGGAAUUGCCAGGCACCCCACUUCUGCUGGUGGGGGUUUCCCGAAGGAAAAAGGGGCUGCCCGAACCGCUAGCCCAUGGCUACAGAGGACAGUGCCUCAGCCCACACUGUCCAGCUCCCGCACGCACACCCUCCAACACUGAAAGCACAGCAAGGGGAGACACGCUUGUCAUCAGCAGCAAGCACUUCCGAGUCUCACCACGUGCUGGGAGCACCUGCCACGUCCUCCCUGCCAGGACUUGAGAGCCUCAGAAUGUUCUGAUGCAUAGAGAGCCUCUUUUUGUACAAGAAGUAAAAUUAUUUUCAGCCUGUUGUCAGGCAGCUGUCAAAAGACAUGGAAAUGAAGGGCUUAGUGAGCUCUGAGAGGAAGUCCCAUGGCCAGGGUGGGUGUAGGGACACAGGCUGUUGGUCAUGCCGGUUGUGGAGUGGAGAGAAAAUGGUGGUGUGGGGCUCAUUUCGGGGGUCACUCUCCUUCUGGCAACUGAUCCCGGGGGCAUGAUCUGAUUUUUUUCCGAGCAUGCAUGGGCAUUGAGUGGUCCCAGAUGCUGAUGGAGUUCACCUCCCUGCAGUGCUGGGGGUCCAUGGUUACAUGUCUAGACUGGAGCUCUUUGCAGUCUGUACAUCAUAUACUGCCCAUGGCCUGUCAUCCAGAAUGAAAUCAGGUUGGUGGGGGGGAAAGCUUGUGGAUAUGGGAGUGAUCACCCAGGAGGCUGAGGCAGGAGGAUGGCAAGUUCCGGGCCAGGCUUAGCUUCAUAGUGAGACCCUCUCUCUCAAAGCAAAAGAGAAAAAGGAAAUGAGGAAAUUGGUGGUGUUGGCUUUUGGACCAUGGCAGCUUCACCCCCAUAAUGUCAGGGCAGGGCACCCCAGCACCUCCAGGACCCAAGUACCUUACACACCUCUGCAAAUCUCUAGAGUGUUCUGUGGGUACUCUCAGGGAACCCAGGAUGGGGAUGCUCCCAGAACAUUCCAGAAGUCUCAAACCCUCUCAUGAGAAAGCACUGUGAAUAAAGGAUCUCUAGCAGUCUUGAAGAGAAACAGCUUUUGGAUUUUAUCUCUUCCUUAAUUUUAAUUUUUAAUCCCUGCUCUAUAGUUUCUGGUGUCCUUAGAGAUGCUACCAGUGUUUCCCAGGGAUCUGCGGGCUUGCUGUCAGCCUCAGUCAACACCAUCCAGAGAAGCCUGAGUUGGUAGUAGGGACCUGGGUCCCCACGGUCACUGGGUGGAAGACCUCAGGGGAUGACGUAGACAGUUCUGUGCUAGGCGAGGAGAAGUCGGGCCAAUGUCUGUUGACAGACCCGUGAGCAUAGAACCACAGCAGUGUAAGCCAAAAGUCAGCUUCUUGCAUGGGACCGUUGUUCACACACAACUGAUGUUCUGCCAGCCAUGUAUGCUGUAUGUAACAUAAGAUGAGAGAUAAAAUAAACACCCCUGUGUUUGUUUUCUGAAGCCAGGAAGAGAGAGUCAUUGGUGUGGGGUAGGGUACAGCGCUAACAUCUCCUUGGGGUAGGGUGCCAUGACCCGCCCUUGACAACAAGAAUCACUGCUUGCAGGUAGAGACCCCUUUGUUGCUGGGAGUGUUCAAGGACAGCAUGUUUGCGGGGAUGUAUCAGAAGCAGCCCAUUCCCCCAGCAGGAAUGCUCAGGGUAUAGCAUAAGGCACCUCCACCUCUCCAUAGCAGAGCCUAUCCCAGGCUGACUAUACAGGAUUCUGACUGUCCAGAUCACAAUAGAUGCUCACACAGUCUCUAGCCCACCUGCCCACAGUCCUGCUUGCCACAGCCACUCCACAGGGUCACCCCAGCUCCAAGCUGAGCUGCUCUCAGCCUUGUCAAAGAAGCUUCAUUUAGCAGUGAACAGUGGCAAAGGCAAACUCAUAACUGGUCAGUUCUGAGAAUUAAGGGACUGUAAUGAACAAUCCAACCCUGUGUUGGACCUCUGUAGCAAUCCAGCCCUGCGUGGGACCUCUGUAAUAACCCCUCUGCACUCCCUGACCACCAAGGCUCAGGGAACAGCACAGAAGGAAGAGAGGAAAGAAUGCGAAGCUGGAGGAUAUGUGGAGCCUUGUGAAAUGCCAUCUUGGGGACAUGACAUGGCUGUUGUUCCCAUGAACUCACAGCGCUGUGGUUGCCUUGUAUAAGACCUCCUCUACAAGGCCAAGCCAACCAGAAUCCCAGUAUGGAUGGCAAGGAGCUCAUGAGCACCACCUUCCAGCUGAAGGUCUAUUGUCAGUGGCUGACUGCUGGAGGAGGGAGCAGUCACUGGUAACUAGCCCAUGUUCCAGUGGAUGGCUCCAUACCCCUGCACACACAGGCAACACUGACUAGACUCAGUGAGCUUUAGCAAGAGAAAGCAGGACCUGAAAUUGGAUGUACCUAAGAGGAGGUGGAGGGGCCAUUGGGAUGAAUAUGACCAAAAUACAUUGUACACAUGUUAAAAAAAACAAAAAACAAACAAACAAACAAACAAAUGGUGUCUGAAGAGAGUGUCCUCAGGUAUGGGAUUAUACUGUGGAGUCCUUUGUCACAUCAUCUUGUAUCUAUAGCCUACCUAGACAUGCCACCUGUGCCCCAUACCUGUUGCUCUCCCACCCUACCCCACCCUACCCAGCCAGCACAGCUCACUCUCCAAGGCCUGAUGGGACAUUGGAUUCGGGGUUGGGUCUAGUUGGCACUACGGGAACUGGGUGGAGACAUGAUUCUGCUUGGGGAUAUUCUCAGCUCUUCUCAUUGGAGAGCUCAAGGCUCUGUACACUUCCACAGCAAUUUCUACUUGUGAGCAAAUGCAUCCGAAGGAGCAGCUACCUAAUAUAUGGCUGGUUAUGGUGGCAGCUGGGGGCUUUGUAUCUGGAACGUGUGACGCUGCUGCCUUGCUGGAGUUUGGGAGUUUGGAUUUCUGCUCUAGGGAAGAUGGGACAGGGACCUGCUUGAUCCUCACUCUUUUGACAUAUCUUAGGUCAGAGACCCAGUGUGGAAAAGAAGGUUCUGUCAUUUCCUUCAUUUAGAAAAGGUAUGGGGUGUCACACUGCCCUCCUGGGAAGAGGUCUCCUCCCACAACCUCCACCGAAGGUCAGUGUCAGAUGUAGGAUCUUCUGGUGGGAAGGGUGACUGUGGCACAAAGCCUGGCUUCUAGCUUUACCACCCAGUUGUGGGCACACAUUCUCUGCACCACACAGUGGCCAAAGAGAUGCCAAAGCAGUGGGUGGCAGGGAAACUAGGCUUGGGUGCAGCUUUGUGCUUUCUGGAAGAUAUUGAUCCCCAACAGAUGGAGCAAGCACUGAGCGGCACUGGUGUCUCAGAGAGUCCCCAGAACUCUGGCAAGUCCCCCGAAGCCCAUGUGGUUGUGGGUCUGACUGGCGGGGGUCCCUGGCCUCUGGAGUGGGGCUUCCUGUAUUUGUGGACACUGGUGACACCAUCCCAAUAUGGCCUCCAGCCAAGUGCUUCAUGAUGAUCUAGAAACCUCCGUGUUGACGCCUACCCAGGAAAGGUAUCUCUAGCUCAUCCCUGGAAGAUGGAUGCUCAUGGAUGAUGCCACAGUCAAAGGGUCUCCCGAAAGCUGCUCAACCUUGCCUACAAUGUCCAAAGGACCACAGAGGCCACAUGCAUGGCGCGGCAGCGAGUGUUAGACAGCCACUCCAUCUCUAAGCCAGCCGUUUUGAUGCCACCGGCUGUGAUACUACAGGGGAGGAUGUCACACGGGCGGUUUUGACAUUGCUGACGAACCGUGUGGGCCCAAUGGAGAUGAUGUUUAAAUGCUCAGCCGACACGAAGCUCACACACAGACACACAUAGUGAUUCAGGCACAGCCUUUUCCUUCCCAGACAACGCCUGGCACAGCAGCGACCAUUCUGAGCGUGCCUGGGAUCCCAAGUGUGCUGAGGAAGGAAGGUGCCACUGCUCAGGCAUGCCAGCCUCCUCUUCCUUACACCGCCAUUUUUGUUGACAUAAACUGUGUCGACCAUAUGGGAUUGAAUUCAGUGUUCCAGUUGCUUUUUCCUGUCUCUUCCUUUUCCUUUUCUCCCCCCUCCCCCGCCCCCUCCCCGGGUUUGGGAAGCUGUUCUCUUGGCAACCACAGAAGCAAAGCACACUCUUAAUUGCUGCCCCAGUGGUAGAUGCCCAGUGCCGAGCCUGACCCUUGCACUCCCUCCUCCUUUGAUAGCAUCUUCACCCUGGUGUGGGAAUCAUUCCUUGUGUGCCCCCACCACCACCACUGCAGGGCACAGCAGUGAGCAAGCACCCCCACCCACACUCUGCACUCUCUUUGUUUGCUAUACAGACAGAACUUUUCUCAAGGUGAUGUUUGGAGAGAGCUUCCCUUGCUUGACUUCUGUUGGGGGUGUGAAUGCCAGAGACACGUGGGGAAACAGCUCUGAAGGGCCCAUUUUUGCCGGCUGCCCUGUUUUGGGGUGCUUUACCUCUGACUACUUUGACAGUUAUUAUUUCCCAUUCCUUACACAAAGCGAAUGUAAGCGGCAGGGGGCGGAGUCCUGCUUUCCCAGGGUCAUUAUCAAGAUGGGGAGGGCCAGAGAAGUGAUGCCACUUGUGUCUGAUGCUUCCAAAGGGAAAUAGGUCACUGUCAGAAUUCCUGAAUCCUGGCAUGCCUACCGGGGUGUCAGGGAUCUUCUGGUGACUUGUCUGAAGCGUGGAUAUUUCUCCCUUGACUUUCUUACCACAUCUGCUAGCUGACAAAUAGACUUGGCUUCUUCUUUUAAAAAAAAAUGUAAAAAAAAAAAAAAAAAAUAGAAAAAGCACAGUACUUUAUAUUUAGCCACAGGCGCACGGAGCGCCCAGCAGCAGCCGGGUUUCCUUGGAUAACUGGGGCUCCGGCUCACAAAUGCCUCCCGGUGUCUCCUGGCCGACAGCUCGCGCGCAAUCGCCUGCUCCAUGUUAACCCUGCGUGGUGCUGCCUCUCCGAUGCCCUGCUUGCUCUCUCGGCAGCGUGGCACUGCUCACAUGAGGAUCACCGCCAGAGGUAGCCGGUUCUGAGAGCAGCCUCAGUCUGCGCACAGUUGCUUCCCAGCUGACAGACAGAAUAUGGGGUGGGCUUUGUCACCAGCACGCUGGGUCUGGCAUGCCCAGCGAUGCUCGGGGCUGCAGCGCGCCCAGACGCCCGCCACUGCUCGCCGGGUCCCAGCCGCGCCAGCUCCGAGGGGCCGGGCUGCGCGCCUAGCCUUCCUGCCCGCCGAGAGGGUUAUAUAAUGAGCGGACCGCUGCCAAAGUCACAGGGAAAAUGAAGUCUUUGUUAAAUGCCUUCACCAAGAAGGAAGUGCCCUUCAGAGAGGCCCCAGCUUAUUCCAACCGCAGGCGGCGGCCCCCCAACACAUUGGCUGCCCCCAGAGUUCUUCUGCGUUCUAAUAGUGACAACAACCUCAAUGCUGGUGCACCUGAAUGGGCUGUCUGCUCUGCAGCCACCUCCCACCGAAGCCUCUCACCCCAACUGCUGCAGCAGACACCCAGCAAACCUGAUGGAGCCACCAAGAGCCUUGGAAGCUAUACCCCUGGGCCCCGCAGCCGUUCCCCUUCACUCAACAGGCUGGGUGGUACUGCUGAGGAUGGCAAGAGGACACAGCCACAUUGGCAUGUGGGGUCGCCCUUCACUCCUGGUGCCAACAAGGACUCCCUCUCGACCUUUGAGUACCCAGGGCCCAGGAGGAAGCUAUAUAGUGCGGUGCCUGGGAGACUCUUCGUCGCCGUCAAGCCAUACCAACCCCAAGUCGACGGCGAGAUCCCCCUUCACCGAGGCGACAGGGUCAAAGUUCUGAGCAUCGGAGAGGGCGGCUUCUGGGAAGGCAGUGCCCGUGGCCACAUCGGGUGGUUCCCAGCUGAGUGUGUGGAAGAGGUGCAGUGUAAACCCCGGGACAGCCAGGCAGAAACCCGCGCGGACCGCAGCAAGAAGCUCUUCCGGCAUUACACGGUGGGCUCCUAUGACAGCUUUGAUGCUGCCAGUGACUGCAUUAUUGAGGACAAGACGGUGGUCCUGCAAAAGAAGGACAACGAGGGCUUUGGAUUUGUGCUCCGAGGGGCAAAAGCCGAUACCCCCAUUGAGGAAUUCACACCCACGCCAGCAUUUCCAGCCCUGCAGUACCUGGAGUCCGUGGAUGAAGGUGGGGUGGCAUGGCAAGCCGGACUAAGGACCGGGGACUUCUUGAUUGAGGUUAACAAUGAAAAUGUCGUCAAGGUGGGCCACAGGCAGGUGGUGAACAUGAUCCGCCAGGGAGGGAAUCACCUCAUCCUUAAGGUCGUCACGGUGACCAGGAAUCUAGACCCUGAUGAUACAGCCAGAAAGAAAGCUCCCCCACCUCCAAAGCGGGCUCCGACCACGGCCCUCACCCUGCGUUCCAAGUCCAUGACAGCGGAGUUGGAGGAACUCGGCCUCUCACUAGUGGACAAAGCCUCAGUCCGGAAGAAGAAGGAUAAACCGGAAGAGAUAGUCCCAGCCUCCAAGCCCUCCAGGACUGCAGAGAACGUGGCCAUCGAAUCCAGGGUGGCGACCAUCAAGCAGCGGCCCACAAGCCGGUGCUUCCCAGCUGCCUCUGAUGUGAAUUCCGUGUACGAGCGCCAAGGGAUUGCUGUAAUGACGCCCACGGUCCCUGGGAGCCCGAAAGGCCCAUUUCUGGGCCUCCCUCGAGGUACGAUGCGAAGGCAGAAAUCGAUAGACAGCAGAAUCUUUCUAUCAGGGAUAACAGAGGAAGAGCGGCAGUUUCUGGCUCCCCCAAUGCUGAAGUUCACCCGAAGCUUGUCCAUGCCAGACACUUCUGAGGACAUCCCCCCUCCGCCACAGUCUGUGCCCCCCUCUCCCCCUCCUCCUUCCCCCACCACAUACAACUGUCCCAGGUCCCCGACUCCAAGAGUCUAUGGGACAAUUAAGCCCGCGUUCAAUCAGAACCCCGUCGUCGCCAAGGUGCCCCCAGCCACCAGGUCUGACACUGUGGCCACCAUGAUGCGGGAAAAGGGGAUGUUCUACAGGAGAGAGCUGGACAGAUUUUCCCUGGACUCAGAAGACGUCUACAGCCGCAGCCCCGCCCCACAGGCCGCCUUCCGCACCAAGCGGGGACAGAUGCCUGAGAACCCGUACUCAGAGGUGGGAAAGAUAGCCAGCAAGGCCGUCUAUGUCCCUGCCAAGCCAGCCAGGCGGAAGGGCGUGCUGGUAAAGCAGUCCAACGUGGAGGAUAGCCCCGAGAAGACGUGCUCCAUACCCAUCCCAACCAUCAUCGUCAAGGAACCCUCCACCAGCAGCAGCGGCAAGAGCAGCCAGGGGAGCAGCAUGGAGAUUGACCCCCAGGCCACCGAGCCCGGCCAGCUGCGGCCAGAUGACAGCCUCACCGUCAGCAGCCCCUUUGCUGCGGCCAUCGCUGGGGCUGUGCGUGACCGGGAGAAGCGUCUGGAAGCCAGGAGGAAUUCCCCAGCCUUCCUCUCCACCGACCUGGGAGAUGAGGACGUGGGUCUGGGGCCGCCUGCUCCCCGGAUGCAGGCCUCCAAGUUCCCAGAGGAGGGUGGGUUUGGUGACGAGGAUGAGACGGAACAACCGCUGUUGCCUACCCCCGGGGCAGCACCCAGGGAGCUGGAGAAUCACUUCCUAGGUGGUGGUGAGGCUGGUGCUCAGGGGGAGGCUGGGGGACCCCUGAGUUCCACAUCCAAAGCCAAGGGGCCUGAGAGUGGCCCAGCAGCCCCCCUCAAGAGCAGCAGCCCAGCCGGCCCUGAGAAUUACGUGCACCCACUCACAGGGCGGCUGCUUGACCCCAGCUCCCCACUGGCCCUGGCACUCUCAGCCAGGGACCGAGCCAUGCAGGAGUCCCAGCAGGGGCACAAAGGAGAGGCCCCCAAGGCUGACCUUAACAAGCCUCUCUACAUCGAUACCAAAAUGCGGCCCAGCGUGGAGUCCGGCUUUCCUCCAGUCACCAGACAGAACACCAGGGGUCCCCUGCGACGGCAAGAGACAGAGAACAAGUACGAGACAGACCUGGGCAAGGACCGGAGGGCGGACGACAAGAAGAACAUGCUGAUCAACAUCGUGGACACUGCCCAGCAGAAGUCAGCUGGCCUACUGAUGGUGCACACAGUGGACGUCCCCAUGGCCGGGCCACCCCUGGAGGAAGAGGAGGACAGAGAGGAUGGGGAUACAAAGCCAGACCACUCACCCUCCACAGUGCCAGAAGGCGUUCCCAAAACCGAAGGUGCUUUACAGAUCUCCGCUGCCCCGGAGCCCGCCGUCGCGCCCGGCAGGACCAUCGUGGCGGCGGGCUCCGUGGAAGAGGCGGUGAUUCUGCCAUUCCGCAUCCCCCCUCCCCCUCUGGCAUCCGUGGACUUGGAUGAGGACUUUCUUUUCACAGAACCGUUGCCUCCCCCCCUGGAAUUCGCCAAUAGUUUUGAUAUCCCCGAUGACCGGGCAGCUUCAGUUCCCGCUCUGGCUGACCUGGUCAAGCAGAAGAAAAACGACACCUCUCAGCCCCCUACGUUGAACUCCAGCCAACCAGCCAACUCCACAGACAGUAAGAAGCCAGCCGGUAUCUCGAACUGUCUGCCCUCCUCGUUCCUGCCACCCCCCGAAAGUUUCGAUGCAGUCACCGACUCGGGGAUUGAGGAGGUGGACAGCCGGAGUAGCAGCGACCACCACCUGGAGACUACCAGCACCAUCUCCACGGUGUCCAGCAUCUCCACGCUGUCCUCAGAGGGCGGCGAGAGCAUGGACACCUGCACAGUCUAUGCAGACGGGCAAGCCUUUGUGGUUGACAAGCCCCCAGUACCUCCAAAGCCAAAAAUGAAGCCCAUCGUUCACAAGAGCAACGCACUUUACCAAGACACGCUCCCAGAAGAGGACACGGAUGGCUUUGUGAUCCCCCCACCUGCACCCCCGCCCCCGCCGGGCAGCGCCCAGGCCGGUGUGGCGAAGGUCAUCCAGCCAAGGACCUCCAAGUUGUGGGGUGACGUUCCAGAGGUCAAAAGCCCAAUUCUCUCAGGCCCAAAGGCAAAUGUCAUUAGUGAGCUAAACUCCAUUCUGCAGCAGAUGAACAGGGGGAAAUCGGUCAAGCCCGGGGAAGGGCUGGAGCUGCCGGUGGGAGCCAAGUCGGCCAACCUCGCUCCAAGAAGCCCGGAGGUCAUGAGCACCGUCUCAGGUACACGGAGCACGACGGUCACCUUCACUGUCCGCCCUGGCACCUCCCAGCCCAUCACCCUGCAGAGCCGGCCCCCCGACUAUGAAAGCAGAACCUCAGGACCUAGACGCGCCCCAAGCCCUGUGGUUUCACCAACGGAAUUGAGCAAAGAGAUCCUGCCCACCCCUCCCCCUCCGUCCGCCACUGCAGCCUCUCCCUCCCCCACACUCUCAGAUGUCUUUAGCCUUCCGAGCCAGUCCCCUGCAGGGGACCUCUUUGGCUUGAACCCAGCAGGACGGAGCAGGUCACCAUCUCCUUCAAUAUUGCAACAGCCAAUCUCAAAUAAGCCUUUUACAACUAAGCCUGUCCACCUGUGGACGAAACCAGAUGUGGCAGACUGGCUGGAAAGUCUGAACUUGGGUGAACACAAGGAGACGUUCAUGGACAAUGAGAUUGACGGCAGCCACCUGCCAAACCUUCAGAAGGAAGACUUGAUAGAUCUUGGGGUGACUCGAGUUGGGCAUAGGAUGAACAUAGAAAGGGCUUUGAAACAGCUGCUGGACAGAUAAGGGUGGCUGCCCUGGGCCUUCACAGACUCCUUUCUUAUAAGUAGAGAUGGGCUUAUGUUGAAAUGUGUGGUGGCCAAGCAGAGGCUGACAGCACCAACCUCCAGUCUGUGGGUUUGUCUCUGGGUACCCAAAGAUGUGCUGUGGGUGUCCCUUGGUGUGGCCAAACUGGGGCCACAGAUAUCUUGGGUGGCUUCUGUCCAAAGGGACAGUAAGGGGGUUUCUGUCCUGGUCUCAGAGGCUGCCAUAGACGGUAUGUGGGACCCUCUCCUCCUGUGGCAGACACCAGUGUACUCCAGAUACCUCCUGAGGCCUCCCUCCUCUGCCUUCUGGGCAACUCUCACCCCUCAGCCCUGGAACACAGCCUUUCUUCAGGCCUUUGGCCUCUGGGUGGGCUCAUUGGCUCUGUCCCUCCCCUGUGCUUGGCUCUCAGUGAGCAGUUCCAGGUGGAGCCCUGCCUGAGCCAGACUGUAGAGAACACUGUCCCAUCCACCUCUUUGUCCGACUCCUGUGACGUGCAUCGGAGCUUCUUUGGCCCCUAGGUCCUUGGCAGUGGUGGCUGUGGACAGGAUCGUGCCCUGCUUGCUUAACUUGCUGUCUUUAUUUCUGCAAACAGAUUAGCAUAAUUCCAGGGUGGCCAAAAUGAAGUCACACGGAGUUAGUCAAAGCACAAAGUCACGAUCCUGAGGAGGAGGGAGGCCUGGCUGUAGAGCCAGCCAAUGUGUGGCUGCCCAAGCCCACAGCCUCCUCCAGGGCAAGGACAGGUGUCUGCCCAGAGCAUCUGCCCAGGAGGGAGAGGUUGGGGCUCUUGAAAUUUACUCUAAUUGGAUGUCUGCAGAGCUCCACAGAGGUCAGAACAGGUGAGCAGCUACUUUUACAAGGACAAGAGGACCUGAGGCUUGUGGUAAGCAUGGCUGCCAUCGGGAAGCUGCUGUCCUCCCUGGUAGCAGAUGGAAUGCCAUACCCUUCAUCUGCACCAGGCCUUGGCUGAGCAUCCUGCCGAGGCAGCCCUUUGGCUCUCAGAGGCCAAGAAAGGUGGAACUCAGGGGCCUUUCUCCCUUCUCUCACAAAGUGGGGAUCCCACCAGCUUGUCUUAACAUCUGGCUCUCAGAGAAGCCCGUGGUCAGGACCUGGUGGAGGACAGAAAGUGGGGCACAGGCUGUGGCAAAGUUUAGGUGUGUGUGGAAAAGAAGGUGGGGAGCAUCGUGGACCAAGCCUCACCUCAGGCCCAGCCACCUGAGCCCACCCUUCUCGUCCCCAGAUGUCUCCCUCCCAAAACAAUACCUCUAAUGUCCCAGGGAGGUCACUGACUGCACACAGCCACCAUGCAGCCAGCCAGGCUCCCGAAACCCCCUCUCCCCCACGCUCAGAGGAGACUCGAAUGUCAGGUGACGGUUUUAUCAUUUCAGAACUAGCCCAGCCCAUCUCUAAUUAUAAAACAUCUUUUUCCUUUUUUUUUUUUUCUCUCUUCACUUAUGCUCACAACCACGUGUCUGACGAGGCCUGGAACAGCGCUACAAUGAACACAUAAAAUUUAGCAAUUAAAAAAAAUCUUUCUUUACUGCAAGUUUAAAUAUGUGUACAGAUAGUUCAUAAGCACAAUACUUUAAGAAGAAAAUGGCUGGUCUACUAGGCAGCCUCUGUGCCACCCAGUGCUGGAAAACUAAAGGGAAAGGGGGUUGUGGUUUAAAAAUACCAUUUCCUUGGGACAAUUAUACAAGCGACCUUUAAAAAAUUAACCUUCCCUGGUCACAUCCGAACCUGUGACAUCAAGUUGUUUUUCAGCUUUUGCCACAGUUUCAUCAUUGAAGGGCAAUUAUUUCAUCAAAAAGAUUAGAACCCAUGACUCUGCGGUUUCUCCAACAACAAUGCACAUACAUGCAUACUACACACACACACACACACACACACACACACACACACACACACACCCUCAUGCAUCCACCACAACCCUUGUUAUGGAGACCAGACCUUUGAAUCUUAUUCUGUCCCCAAAACCCUUUGCAGGUCAACCCUAACUUCUGAGUCAUCCAGUCAGCUGGUACCAGGUGACUGUUGAGCACCACGCUCUGGGUUCCCUCAUCCACAGCAUGGCGAAUGAAUGAGUAACACUCCAGAGAUGCUGCAAGUCCAGACACUGCGGGUAGCCACUGAAGAAUUCAGAGAGUGUGAAAAUGUGGCCUCGCCAUUAACUUGUCUUCCAAUGGGUGGUUCUUCGAAGUCCCCUCAGUGUGCCAUAGCACUAGGCUCCUUUCCUUUGCUUCUGGUUGGCAUUACCUCUGUGCUCAGUGCCAGGCAGAUGCUAGGCAGGAGAGACCUGGUGGCUUGGGGCACGCUGAGCUUAGGCAGCAGGUGACAAGCUGCGACUGCCUUCCUUAGACUUCAAGCCACAUGCCUCCAAGCAGAAGCAAGCUGACUGUCAGCCUUGGAAGCUGAUAGGCCAGCUUUGCUUUGCAGUGUCUGGUCACAGGAACACAGCUGGACCUAUCAGAACUGACCCCCAAUCACCCAAACACACAUUUGCCUAGAUACUGGGUCUCUGUCUCUGACAGUUGAUUUUGCGCAGAAAGCAAUAGUCCCUCAUUGAAAUUGCCGCCCAUUGUUCCCCCGACACACACUCGGACAUGUCAGGACCAGGCCCUACCCCAGGACCCUCUUCAGUGGUGAACCAGAUGUUAAACUGCUCAUGAGGACCAUGUUACCACUAUUCCAGGUUUUAAGAUCAACUUUUGUUAUAUACUGUAAUUUAAAUAACUGCAUAAAUUUACAUGCCUAGUUUCUGUAAUAUUGUGUAUACAAAACCAAAAUCUCUCAAGCUGUAAAUUGUGUAUACCCAUCAGGAUCCCUACUCUGGGACAUCCGUGCGCAUUUUAGAUUUAAUUCAUACAAUUAAAAACUCAAUGUGACUGCUGACGUGCUGAAACUUUACAUAAGAAUUAUUUGUGAUACUUUAGUUAAUAAAAUGGUGAGGUUUUUUUUUUUUUUCCUGAGUUAUUGAACAGGCAAACAUUACCCAGCUGACCUGGCAAUGACCUUUUGUGUGUGUGCGGGUAGGGGGGCCACAAAUAUUGAUUUUUUUUCUCCCAUUAGCAAUUUUGGGUUUUGAAUAUGAACAUGUUUCACACUAUAGUUUGUGUGUAACGACACAUGUCACAUUACCUUUGUUGCUGUUAAUUUUGUGCUCCUUUUCUUUUUAGACUUUAUUUAUUUAGAAGGAGAGAGAGGAAGAGGGAGAGUGAGGGAGAGUGAGAAAGUGAGAGAGAGAGAGAGUUCCUGUACUUUGCACUUUUCCCCCAAAUCCUUCAAUCUCUUGUAUGGCAACCAAAAUUACUGUAAAAAAAAUAAAUAUACUCUUGCAAUAAGGUUGUGUUCUGAUUACAAAGGAGCUGACUCCCCCUCCCCCGCCCCUCCCCCCCAAGAGCAGGCAAACUUGCCAUCAGAAAUAGGGUGUUGUUUUGCACACUUCAACCUGCUUUACCUGGGCAAGGUAACAGGAUGGCAUCUUCCCUUCAGCCACUUCACCUCAGGCCCGUUUUCUCAAGUGCCCUCGUUGUCUAAAUGAAAACCUUGUAUAGUAUUUCAAAAUUGUGCAAAAUGUCAAAAAUGUGACCACUCCUGUGAGCACGGGUCCCAGGCCUGGCUGUCCCUUCUGUCUCAGGGGUGGGUGCAGGGCCACCAGAGACUGACCUCCGCUUGCCUCCUUCUUUCCCAGAAGGAGAGGUGUCCUCACAGCAAUGAGGGCUGUCGGCCGGCCAGGGACCACGGGAGCAGAAGACUGAGUGGCUUCUCUGGCUGACCUAAGCAGGUGCUGCUUCUACAAGCAGCAGUGGACUAAGGCCAGGGCAGAAGGAGAAAAUCUGGGUCUUUGGCAAACAUCUGGACCAGGAGCUUAGGGCCAUCUGUGUGCUCCUGGAAGUAUAUCUGAAAAGCACUGAGCCUCUCUGGCCUCCUGAGUUCUUCCCCAACAGGGUCUCUCCUUGAGCACACCCUUCAUCCAAGCAGCAGCCACUGUGUCCCCAUCUUUGUCCUUUGUUCCCUGUGCUCCUCCUGUAGAGUCUCCUCGACCAUCAGCUCCCCUUGCUUCACUGUCUGACAGCUUUUUCCAGACCUCUCGGUAAACUGGGCAUCCAUCAGGGGACAUCUACCGGCCGACCUUCUCUGUACUUGAACUGUGUUUAAGGCAUUUGCUCCCCAGGGGUCUGGACCAUGCUGCACCUGCAGAGGCCCUGGGUGGGAACAUCCUGUGUGUGGGAGGGAGGGGGGUCACACAGACACUGGCAUUCAGACUGCCUGCUUUAGGUAGUAUCUGGCAGUGUCCUGUGCCCUGCCCCAGAUUCUAGCAGCCCUCUGGCUCCACCCCUGCAAGUCCCCACUGUCCUGAUGAUGCUGUUUCUUCCUGCACUCUGGGACGUGGGUCUGCAGCUCACAGUCUUUGCUGGUUUGUAUUUAAAAGUCACAGCAGCCACUGUUGGCGACUUCUACUAGAACUCUGUUCACAGCCAAUCUGAAACUUUAAUAUUGAGCCUUCAAUAAAUUCUGGAUAGAGAAAUUGAUUUAAAAAACAAACAAAGUGUGUGCCUUGGGUGUUCUGAACUAAUCUGCAUAAAUACCAUACUGUAACUGUACAUUUGAUAAGAAGAUCGAUGUAUAAUGUAGCUGAUUUAAACAAAAUAGUUCUAGUGCCUUGUCUUCUGAACUGGAAGCCCAUAGCAAUGCACAACCUAAAGAAACAAAGCCCGACUGGAGAACUGAGUGCUGAGAGGAGCUAGGCCCUGUGCAGGGCCCUUCUCAUCAGAAGACUGUGGAAUACACAGUCUGUUAUGCUUAAAAAGAGAGAGAGAAAGAGAGAGAGAGAACGUUGAAACAGAAUUGUGUUAUCAACUAAUUUUCCAUUAAAAAUGCUCUCUGCUA